CCAAUAUUAAUAUAUAUUUUUCCCUUCAUCAUCAUCAUUCAAAUGUUGUUCCAUAUCUAAUUUAACAGAGCCAUGGUUGAGACCACUUCAGCUCCAAUCCAAAGCUCUUCAAGUGAUCAUGAUAGACCCUCUAGAGGUGGCUGGCAUGCUGCCAUGUUCAUCAUCUUUGUGGAGAUGGCAGAGAGAUUUGCAUUUUAUGGAUUGAGCGGAAACUUGGUGAGUUACCUGACGAAUGUUUUGGGAGAGACAACACCAGAAGCUGCUAAGAAUGUCAACACUUGGGUUGGUGUCUCCUUCAUCUUCCCUUUGAUCGGAGCUUUUGUUGCUGAUUCAUAUCUUGGUCGUUUCAAGACUAUCAUCUUCUCUUCCAUCAUCUAUUUCUUGGGAAUGAUUUUGUUGACACUAUCAGUAGCAGUGAUUCCAAUGCAUAGCAGAAAAUUAGUGUUCUUCAUGGCACUUUACAUAUUGGCUAUAGGAGAAGGAGGACACAAGCCAAGCGUUCAGACAUUUGCAGCUGAUCAGUUUGACGAAGACUCGCCACAUGAGAGAAUGGCCAAGAUCUCUUUCUUCAAUUGGUGGUACUUUGGACUUAUCACUGGUGCUGUUUCUGCCAUUUUGGUUGUUGUUUAUCUUCAGGAUAAUGUUGGGUGGACCGUUGGGUUUGGCAUAUUGGCGGCGGCUAUAGCGGUGGCUUUUGGUAUUUUCUUGCUUGGUAUAAACAAGUACAGAAAACAAGGGCCACUAGGAAGUCCCUUCACUAUGGUGGCUCAAGUGUUAGUAGCAGCUUUUCAGAAGCGGCACGUGGAUGAGACGCGCACCGGAAGAGGUGUCUAUCAUGGAAAACUCACAAUGCAUGGUGUUAUUGUGGACACAAAAACUAGAGUUUUGGCUCGUACCAAACAUUUCAGAUUUUUGGACAAGGCAAUGAUAAUUGAUGAAGUUGAUGCAUCAAGCAACACAACAAAUCCUUGGAGGCUAUGCUCAUUAAACCAAGUGGAAGAAAUGAAGCUAGUUCUAGGCCUCAUACCCAUAUGGCUAACAUGCUUGUACUUCAAUUUAGUGCAAGCUCAAUCAUCAACCUUCUUCACCAAACAAGGUAGCACAAUGAUUAGAUCUCUAGGACCUCACUUCACUAUCCCACCGGCUUCGCUCCAGUGCAUCUCCGGCUUCGUUGUCAUCAUCUUCAUCCCAAUCUACGACCGAUUCCUUGUGCCCAUAGCAAGAAAAUUCACAGGCAAACCCACAGGCAUCACAAUGCUUCAAAGAAUUGGCAUUGGCUUGUUCCUAUCUGCUCUAACCAUGUUUGUGGCUGCCCUAGCAGAGUUCAAAAGGCUUAAAGUAGCAAGUGAUCAUACUCUCUUGGACAGUCCAAAGGCAAUAGUGCCAAUUAGGGUUUGGUGGAUGCUUCCUCAGUACAUGUUGCUAGGGUUUGUGGAUGCUUUAUCCAUUGUAGGGCUUCAACACUUGUGCUAUGAUCAAAUGCCCGAGGCAUUGAGAAGCUUGGGAGCUGCAUUUUAUAUCAGUAAUGCUGGUGUUGCAAACUUCAUAAGUAGUGCUAUGAUAUCUAUUGUGGAAGGAGCAAGCAGAAAGAAAUGGCUUGGGAAUAAUCUGAAUAGAUCACACCUUCAUUACUAUUAUUUUUUGCUUGCAGGAAUUGGGGUUUUGAAUUUGAGUGUUUAUGUUGUUGUUGCUAAGAGGUAUGUUUACGAGAAAGUUGAAGAAUAUGAUGAAAGGAAAGAGGAAAUGAUUAUAAGGGGUUCUAAUGAACGUCACAAUGAGCAUGAUGAAGAAAAUGCUCGUGGUUAAGUUUUUUUCUAAUGGAUUAGGCAUUGAUUGUUUCUAAAAAUAAUUAGUGCAACAAAUAGUAUUAUUUGUUAUAAAUUUUGUAUUUUUGGUUAAUUAAGGUAUCGGGCUCUGCUCGUUACUUAGAGUCCAGAUUGCAAGGCACGCUAUAUGAAUAUGAAAAUUAGCUAGG